CGCUCGGGGCCUUUUCAAAUCGGGAUCCGUUACCGCUUCCCGGGCAGCCGCCAUUGUCGCGCUCGGAGCCCCUCAGCGCAGGCGGCCGAGGCGGAGGCAGCGGCGGUGGGAUGGCGGACGCCGACAAGGCCGAGGUGCCCGGGGCCACUGGCGGCGACAGCCCGCACCUGCAGCCCACGGAUCCGCCGGGCGAGCCGCGGCGAGAGCCGCACCCCCCGGAGGCGGAGAAGCAGCAGCCGCAGCACAGCAGCAGCUCCAAUGGCGUUAAAAUGGAGAAUGAUGAAUCAGUGAAAGAAGAGAAAUCUGACUUAAAGGAAAAAUCUACAGGAAGUAAGAAGGCCAAUAGAUUUCAUCCUUAUUCAAAAGACAAGAAUUCGGGCACUGGAGAAAAGAAGGGUCCAAAUCGUAACAGAGUUUUCAUUAGCAACAUCCCAUAUGACAUGAAAUGGCAAGCUAUUAAAGAUCUAAUGAGAGAGAAAGUUGGUGAGGUUACAUACGUGGAGCUCUUUAAGGAUGCGGAAGGAAAAUCAAGGGGUUGUGGUGUGGUUGAAUUCAAAGACGAAGAAUUUGUAAAGAAAGCUCUAGAAACUAUGAACAAAUAUGAUCUUAGUGGAAGACCCCUGAAUAUUAAAGAGGAUCCUGAUGGAGAAAAUGCUCGUAGGGCAUUGCAACGAACAGGAGGAUCGUUUCCAGGAGGACAUGUCCCUGAUAUGGGAUCAGGGUUGAUGAAUUUACCACCUUCCAUUCUCAAUAAUCCCAACAUUCCUCCUGAGGUCAUCAGUAAUUUGCAGGCCGGUAGACUUGGUUCCACAAUUUUUGUUGCCAAUCUUGACUUCAAAGUUGGUUGGAAGAAGCUAAAGGAAGUGUUCAGCAUAGCUGGAACUGUAAAGCGGGCAGAUAUUAAAGAAGACAAAGAUGGCAAGAGCAGAGGAAUGGGCACUGUCACUUUUGAGCAAGCAAUUGAGGCAGUUCAAGCAAUUUCUAUGUUUAAUGGGCAGUUUUUAUUUGAUAGACCUAUGCAUGUGAAAAUGGAUGACAAGUCUGUUCCUCAUGAAGAGUACCGUUCACAUGAUAGUAAAACACCACAACUGCCACGUGGCCUUGGAGGCAUUGGAAUGGGACUUGGUCCAGGUGGACAGCCUAUUAGUGCCAGCCAGUUGAACAUAGGUGGUGUAAUGGGAAAUUUAGGUCCAGGUGGUAUGGGAAUGGAUGGUCCAGGUUUUGGAGGAAUGAAUAGAAUUGGAGGAGGAAUAGGGUUUGGUGGUCUGGAAGCAAUGAAUAGCAUGGGAGGAUUUGGAGGAGUUGGCCGAAUGGGAGAGCUGUACCGUGGUGCGAUGACUAGUAGCAUGGAGCGAGAUUUUGGACGUGGUGAUAUUGGAAUAAAUCGAGGCUUUGGAGAUUCCUUUGGUAGACUUGGUGGUGGAAUGGGUGGCAUGAACAGUGUGACUGGAGGAAUGGGGAUGGGACUGGACCGGAUGAGUUCCAGCUUUGAUAGAAUGGGACCAGGUAUAGGAGCUAUACUGGAAAGAAGCAUCGAUAUGGAUCGAGGAUUUUUAUCGGGUCCAAUGGGAAGCGGAAUGAGAGACAGAAUAGGCUCCAAAGGCAACCAGAUAUUUGUCAGAAAUCUACCUUUUGACUUGACUUGGCAGAAACUAAAAGAGAAAUUCAGUCAGUGUGGUCAUGUAAUGUUUGCAGAAAUAAAAAUGGAGAAUGGAAAGUCAAAAGGCUGUGGAACAGUCAGAUUUGACUCCCCAGAAUCAGCUGAAAAGGCCUGCAGAAUAAUGAACGGCAUAAAAAUCAGUGGCAGAGAAAUUGAUGUUCGCUUGGAUCGUAAUGCAUAAUUUCAAGCCAUGGUUGGAACAUUCCUACAUCUGUUUUGCUGAAUCUCCUAGUAAAAGUCAUUUUUUUAAGUAAUAUUGUAUGCUUACAAAAGCUGUAAAAAUGAACUUUUAAAACUCCCACCAGCUUUUAACAGUAUAAUGUUAAAAAUAUACUGUAAUUUUUGUUAAUCUCAAGUUUGGGUUUUUAAAGACUGCAAGUCUUGUCAUUCAGUUUAAAUGAAUGGUUAUACUGUUUUUAAUGAAAUAAGCCAUUUUCUUGUUGUUUUCAGUACUACAUAGUGGGAUUUGUUUGCUCUAGUUUCUCCAGUUUUUAUCAACUUAUUGUAAAGUAAAACAUAGAUUUUUUCCCCCCAAAACUUCUGUUUUAUAAUAUGUUUUUGUUCAUGAAAAGAAAGGUCUCAGAAGAAUUGGGAUGUGAUUUGGUUGGUUUUAAAUUACUGUAAGUUUUAGAUUCUAAAGUUCAGGAUUUUUAAAGUUUGAUUUAAAUGAAGAAAUGGAUUUUUGUCUCUGCCCCUCCCUGCCAUUCACAUUUUCUGCAUAACACUCUGAAUAAUAUCAAUCUCCACAGCCCCUUAUUUUAUUAUUUCCAAUAAUUCCAAGUUCAUAUAGAACUGAUAAUGUAGCAAGCCCCAAGUAUGAUAAUAGGCAGACUACUCCCAACUUUCUGUCUAGUUUCCAGUCAUUAAAGUGAACUGCUAAAAAAA